AUGCAAGCGACCACCAAGGCUCACGCGCCUACACAACGGCCCACCCGCGCCCCCAGCCGCGGCGACAGCAGCAGUGCCGCCGUGCUGGAGAGCGGCAAAGUCAAUACCCAGGCGCCGCCACUAGGGCUGGCGCCUCUAAGCGGCGGCAGCGGCGGCGGCAAGGCGCAGCAUACGGAGCCGCGGCACGGCGCCUACCUCGGAUGCUACGACGGCGCUGCCAUGCAGCUGAGCUUCGGCCGCGCGACCGUCGCUCUCAAGCAAGGCGGGUAUGGCAAGUGCGUCGACCACUGCCGCGCCCUGAAAAUGCCGGUCCUUGCGAUCAGCCGAGCCCUCCAGUGCACCUGCCUGGCGGCGGUGCCAGACCCCGCGGCCCAGCUGCCGCUCGGGGCCUGCGAAUCCCUUGCGGCCGGAGGCGCGGCCGCUGCAGGGGCCGCCGGCGCCGCGACGGCGGUCCCGCUCUUCUACGUGCACGGGGCGCCCGGGCAGUCGUGCGCGGCGCAGCGAAUGGAGCUUUCCGCGCGGCGGCUCGAGGCAGCAUACAACGCGCACAACGCGGUGUUUGACGGCACCGGGGACGGCCUGACAAUGUGGAUGCGGGGCAGCGACGGCGUGCGGGUGGCGGCGCGGCAGGCGCAGCUGUACGGGAUGCUCAGCUUCCAGGCGCGCACCAGCGACCUCCCCGGAGUCAUCACGGGAGCAUACCUGCGCUCGGACAAACACGAUGUUUAUGACGGGAGCUUCGAGGAGCUUGACAUACUGUGGCUUAAUGGCGCCCCCGCCAGCAAGCCCAGCACCCUGUGGCUCAACACAUACCUUGAGGGGGCCAGCCAGGGCGAGCACCGGGUCAGCCCUCCCGACUACGCACGCAUGACGGGGGGCAAGGCGCUGGCCUCAGACUUUCACACGUACACCGUCGACUGGCAGCCCGACCAUGUUACAUGGUACCUGGACGGCUCUUUGCUGCGCCACGACGCACGCCGCGCCUCGUUCAAGCCCCCCAGCCGCCCCCUCUACUUCCUCUUGAACCUCUGGACGGACGCCGCCCGCGGCUUCCAGUUUGGCGGCAAGCUCGACGUCAGCAAGGGUCCCUUCUCCAGCUCAAUCAGGAAGGUGCUGCAGGUCACCUGCAAGGCGGCCGUUGCUGGUGACGGCUCGUCCAACGCCACUGCAAGAGGCCCAGAAUGGGUCUACACUCCACCGGCAACUCCGGCUUUGGAGGCGGGCGCAGCAAAUCGGCAGGAGGCCACGCUAUCAGAAUCUCAGGACGACGCUCUUGCUGCCACAGACGGCGCCGUCGUCUACAGCAGCAGCGCCGCCGACGAGGCCCCGGCCGCCGAGCCGCCGGCGGACGGGGCAGGCGGGCGGCGCGGCGCCAGCCUCAAUGCCGCAACAGAGACCCAGGGAGGCAACGUGCAGGGCAGCAACCAAACGGCGCCGGGCGCCGCCGGCGACGGCGCCGGCGUCGCUGCGGCGGAUGCGGCGGGCCUGCCCGGCGCGUACAUCGGGUGCUUUGAUGGGGUUGCAUUGAACCUGGACCUCCCAAACGCGCUGGUGCUGACCCCCAGCACCGCCGCCCGAUGCCCCGAGCACUGCGCCUCGCUGGAGCGGCCGCUCUACGCGCUCACGCGCGCCUUCCAGUGCGUGUGCUCGUCCGUGGCGCCGCACCCCUCUCUCGCGCUGCCGGCAGAGUUUUGUGAGGCGCUGGGGUCCCAGGCGGUCGCUGGGGAUAACCCCGCCGCGCUGACUGCCGUGGCGAUGUUCUAUCUGCACUCCGUGAAAGGCCAGGGCUGCGGCCCGACUGUCACCAAGCUGAGCUGGGGCACGUUUGGGGCCGCAGCCGCCGGCGACAAGCACAAUGUGCAGUUCGGCGACAACGGGCGCAGCCUGACGCUGCGCAUGCGCGGCGCCAAGGGCGCGCGAGUUGCGUCGAGGGGGAACCAGAUGUACGGGAUGCUGUCGUUCAAGGCAUACGUCAGCCCGAUGCCAGGGGUCAUCACGUCAGUCCAGAUGCGGUCCAGCGAAAAGGAGGGCGUCACCAGCGACUUUGAAGGGAUAGACUUCCAAUGGAUCAACGGCUACCCAGCCACCGAGCCAUCCUCGAUCUGGCUGACGGCUUUCAAAGCGGGGCCUACCACUGGCCGGCAGCAAGUCCUGCCCUCCCUCUACACAAACCUGCUGACCCGCAACAUGAGCGCGGCGGCCGAGUUCCACACUUACACAAUCGACUGGCAGCCUGAUCAUGUGGCCUGGUACUUGGAUGAUGCGCUUUUGGUGCGCAAGGGCAACACCGCCGACGCAUCCCUGCCGGGCUCCCCAGCCUUCACGCCGGCCUCCUCGCCCCUCCACCUCAUCGCCUCUAUUUCGACCGACGCCGGCCGCGAGUUCCCGUUCGGCGGCGGGCUGGACCAGGGCGGGAGCCCGUUUUCAAGCGUCAUAGCGGACGUGACGCACGUCAUGUGCGCGGGGCCCGCCCAGAGCCGCGGCCCGAGCUGGCUGGUCGGCGGAGGGGCUGCGGCGGCGGCGGCCGGCGCCGGCGGCGCGGCGGGCCUCCAGCAAAGCGCCGUGGCGGUGCUUGCUGGCGCGGGCGGUGGCGACGGCCCGGCUUCCGCCGAUGCUGUGGCCGCCGCAGUCCCGGACAGCGGCCUUGUUGUUACUGCCACAGACGCUGGAGUUGAAAUCAGCACGUCAGCAGCCGCAGGCCCGCGCUCCGGUGACGGCGGCGGCAGCGGCGACGGCCCCCUGGGGCAGCUGGCCAGCCUGCUGCAGCGCCCGCACCAUCCUGGGCUGACCCUUCUGCCGCAGCUCCCGCGGCUCUCUGACCUUCCAGGCCCGCACCUGCCCAGGCUAUCAGAGCUCCCCAGGCUGCCGCAGCUGCCUAAGCUGCCACAGCUGCCGCAGCUGCCGCAGCUGCCGCGGCUGCCGCCCCUUCCCAGGCUACAGGAUCUGAAGAUCCCGAGGCUGCCGAAGAUCCCCGAGAUCCCGCUGAUCCAGAUCCCCCUGCCGGCCACCCCGUACACUGCAGCAAUCAUGGCGGGCGCCGCUACAUCUGACCAGCCGCAGGGCGGGCCGCCGCCGGAGGACGCGUCACAGUCGUCGAUGGGCGCGGCCUCGGGAGCCGGCUCGGAGGGCGCGGGCUCGGGCGCCGGCUCGGAGGGCGCGGCCUCGGGCGCCGGGUCGGAGGGCGGCGCCUCGGGGGACCUGGUGGUCGCUGACGGCGCGUGA